AUAUCUUCUCUCUUUUCGAUUGUCUUUCUUCGUCGGUUUCCCUUGCCACUGCCUCUAACAUUCUCUCCCUCUGUGAUUCAUUCUCUCUUCAUAUGAAAUUAGGGCUUUUUACCACCACCGCCAUCUAGAGAAGCCAGUGUUCCAUACCAAUCUGCAAGUUAUCUUUUACUUUAUUUAUUCCGGUUAUGUCGCUACUCUCCGCCUCCUUCUUUUCACUCCAUGUUUGAUGCUUCUAUUUCCAACCACCGCUUCAAUUUCAUCGGUUCUGGUCAAAGUUUCAACGUCAAAAUGGAACGCUUCCUUCUUUUCUUACAGUUGUGGUGGCUGGAUGUCAUUUCUGAAAGGUGUUUACGCAAUUUAGAUUACAUACCAAACCCAAUCCUAAUUUUGCUGUUUUUCCAAGUUUGUAGAUUCCAAAGUGGAAUAGAUAGCAAAUUAUGGAGUGGCUUGUUGGUUGAUGCACUAAAAGCUAUUGGAGUUGUAACUUUCUACUGUCCAUGUUCCCUAAACAUCCUUUUCUAUUGGUUGGAAAAUCCAUGGGUAUGA